CCUGUCUGGAGGCUAUGUUGGGAGUAGCAAGAGAUCAGGGAUAAGAAAGGUCCACUGGAAAGGGCUAUCUCAAGGUCUUCAGGGAGAUUCAUACCAGUGACAGGCUGUAUGCACUACGUAGGAGGCUGCCAUUUGUAGUCACUGGGAGUCAACACAUUUUAAAUGCAAUGAUUGUGUAUUUUGGGCUUGAGUGCAUCCACCCAGCUGUGUAUCAGGGAUGUGCCUAAGCUCAGUCUCACCCAAGCUCAAUCUUAUUCUCUUGUUUCUUGACUUUUCCAGUCCCAGCAGCUGUCACCAAUCUGAGGAUCACAGAAAACUCCACUAGACACCUAUCCUUCAGUUGGACCACCUCAGUAGGGGAAAUGAACUGGUAUAACAUUUUCUGUACAAUCCAGAUAGAACUCUUCAGGACAGAGCUCAAGUUGACCCCCUAGUUCAGAGCUUCUCUUUCCAGAACUUGCUACAAGGCCGAAUGUACAAAAUGGUGAUUGUAACUCACAGUGGGGAGCUGUCUAAUGAGGCUUUCAUAUUUGGCAGAACAGUCCCAGGUGCUGUGACUCAUCUCAAGGGAUCAAAUCGGAACAUGACUGAUAGCCUUUGGUUCAGCUGGAGUCCAGCCUCUGGGGACUUUGACUUUUAUGAGCUGAUACUCUACAAUCCCAAUGGCACAAAGAAGGAAAACUGGAAAGACAAGGACCUGACGGAAUGGCGUUUUCAUGGCCUCAUCCCUGGAAGGAAAUACAUGCUGUGUGUGGUAACUCACAGUGGAGAUCUCAGCAAUAAGGUCACAGGAGAGGGUAGAACAGCUCCAAGUCCUCCCAGUCUUUUGUCAUUUGCCGAUGUCGCAAACACAUCCUUGGCCAUCACCUGGAAGGGACCCCCAGACUGGACAGACUACAAUGACUUUGAGUUACAAUGGCUCCCCAGAGAUGCACUUACUGUCUUCAACCCCUACAGCAACAGAAAAUCAGAAGGACGCAUUGUGUAUGGUCUUCGUCCAGGGAGAUCUUAUCAAUUCAGUGUUAAGACUGUUAGUGGCGAUUCCUGGAAAACCUACAGCAAACCAAUCUCUGGAUCUGUGAGGACAAAGCCAGACAAGAUACAGAACCUGCAUUGCCGGCCUCAGAACUCCACAGCCAUUGCCUGUUCUUGGAUCCCUCCUGAUUCUGACUUCGAUGGCUAUAGCAUUGAAUGCCGCAAAAUGGACACCCAAGAAAUCGAGUUUUCCAGAAAGCUGGAAAAAGAAAAAUCUCUGCUAAACAUCAUGAUGCUAGUGCCCCAUAAGAGGUACCUGGUAUCCAUCAAGGUGCAGUCGGCUGGCGUGACCAGUGAGGUGGUUGAAGACAGCACGAUCACAAUGAUAGAUCGUAAGUGCUCCUGGAGUGUACAUGGGCUCUCCUGUCACAUGGGGUGAAUGGCUUUGCACCUCUCUCCAUCAUAUCCAUCAGCACUAUUCAUCUGCAUACUUGUACGUAAGCCUGCCUCAUUAUCAGGUGGAGAAGAGGACCCAAACAGCUUCGGAAAAUGGAAACAUUUCUCCAGAUAAAAUACCCUGACAACAAACAAGUUAAAGCAUCUUAAAGUACCUGAAUGAGUUAGUAUGCAAAUACAUCACUUUGCCUGAUAUAGUUAGAGCAAUAAUGGAGCUGUUAAGCAAUUUGAUAUAGAACUUCAGGAAAUCUUGCUGAGGAGCUGCCUCUUUCAUUAUAUUUAAUGUGCCACCAAAGAUCACUUCCUCUGCCUGCUUCCCUUCAGAAGAGGAGACAAAUUUCUUGAUUAUAAGCUUUAAACACAAAGCCUCACACACACACACACACACUCACACACACACACACAUACAGAGUCUGAUGGAGGUGACCAGAGUCCUUUACUUCACUGACUUGUUUAGGAGGUAAAAGCAGAAUUGUGACCCCUCUUGCUUCCUUCCCUACCUCUCUUUUCCAGGCCCUCC